CCAGGACACAGUAGCAGGAUGGGUGGGCGGCCCUCGAGCCCCUUGGACAAGCGACAGCAACAGCACCUGAGGGGCCAGGUAGACACCUUGCUGAGGAACUUCCUGCCCUGCUACCGCGGGCAGCUGGCAGCCUCGGUCCUGUGGCAGAUCUCCCGAGAGCUGGGCCCCCAGGAGCCAGCCGGAUGCCAGCUGCUGCACAGCAAAAAGCUGCCCCAAGUCCGGGAGCACCGAGGGCCCCUGACCCAGCUGCAGGGCCACCCACCUCAGUGGCAGCCAAUCUUCUGUGUCCUGCGUGGGGACGGCCGCCUGGAGUGGUUCAGUCACAGGGAGGAAUAUGAAAAUGGGGACCGUCCCCUGGGCUCCACAGUCCUGACAGGGUACACAGUCCUGACUUCCCAGAGUGAAUAUCUCCACCUGUUGGACACUCUCUGCUCAGAAUCCUCAGGACACCAUACACAGGAAGAGCCUGACCCCCUCUUGGAAAUGCCUGUGAGUUUCCCCCUGUUCCUGCAGCACCCCUUCCGCCGGCACCUCUGUUUCUCUGCAGCCACGGCAGAGGCGCAGCGUGCCUGGAGGCUAGCCCUGCAGGGCGGCAUCCGGCUUCGAGGCACAGUCCUGCAGCGAAGUCAAGCCCCAGCCGCCCGUGCCUUCCUGGACGCCAUACGGCUCUACCGGCAGCAGCAAGGCCACUUUGGCGACGACGACGUGACCCUAGGCUCGGACGCCGAGGUGCUGACUGCGGUACUGAUGCGGGAGCUGCUGCCUGCGCUGCGAGCCCAGACCCUGCCCGGCCUGCGGGGGGCCGGCCGCGCCCGGGCCUGGGCCUGGGCCAAGCUACUGGACGCCGUCCACGCUGCAGUCCUGGCCGGGGCCUCCGCUGGGCUCCGCGCCUUCCAGCCCGAAAAGGAGGAGUUGCUCGCCGCCCUGGAGAAGACUAUCCGCCCAGACGUAGAUCAGAUGCUGAAGUUGCGGGAGCGCGUGUUAGGGAGGCUGCAGGCCAACGUCCAGGGUCCCCUCGAGUCGUGCCUGCGCAGGAAGGUGGAUGCGCAGCUGCCCCGGGUCACGCAGACGCUGCUGAGCGCCGUGGAAGCCGAACUCGCGGCGGUGCAGACCCUCCUAACCCAGGGCAUGGACUGCCUGUCCCGCCACCUGCGUGGGAGCCCCUCCAGCACCCGGCUGCGGAAGGAGGUUUACUCAUUUGGGGAGAUGCCAUGGGACCCAGAGCUGAUGCAGACCUGCUACCGAGAGGCGGAGCGGAGCCGGGGGCGCCUGGGGCAGCUGGCAGCACCAUUUGGCUUCUUUGGAACACAGAGCCUGGCGUUUGGGGCCCAGGAUCUCGCACAGCAGCUCAUGGCUGACGCCGUGGCCACCUUCCUGCAGCUGGCCGACCAGUGUCUGACCACGGCUCUGGACUGUGACCAGGCUGCCCAGCAGCUGGAGAAAGUCAGGGGGCGCGUGCUGAAGAAAUUCCAGUCGGAUAGUGGCUCAGCGCGGAGGAGGUUCAUCCAUGGCUGGCUGCUCUGCAUCUUCUUGCCCUUUGUGUUGAGCCAGCUGGAGCUGAGCUGCAAAGCGGAGCUGCCUGAGUUCGAAGGGGACGUCCUUGCUGUGGGCAGCCCUGCUCUGACCAUUGAGGGUAUUUAUGAGGAUGUCAUCCGGGGGGUCCUGCUGCAGAGGAUCAAUCGAGAAUUGAAAAAUGCCCUUGGUGCCAGCAACAUGUCCUGCACUCUGGAUGGCUGCUCGGAGCUUCCAUGGGACCAGGCAGAAACAGUCCAAAAUCUUAACUUAGUAUCAAGUUUCCCAGCUGAGAGUAGAGCUUUUACUGCCUUCUGUUUGCCAGAAAAGUCAUCUGUCCACCGGAGGCUGGCAGCUUCACAUCACAAGACUUCCAGUUGCUUCCGGAGUAGGUUCUGGGAGGGACUUCCCCAGUGUUUUUCUCAGUUCAGCUUUCAGAGGUGGGUAAUGCACACUCCAUGGUUUCCUCCCCCAAGAGAAUGAGAUUUUCCUCACCUUUCCUUCCUUUUGCCCAACUGUCUCUUGCACACACUGAGGACACACGAUCUGUGCCCUGAAUUUUACUUAACAAUAUUGAGCCCCCACCCCCACCACUCACGUUAAUAAAUAGAUAUCUGAGCAUCACAAAAACGAUGAAUUAGAAAACACAUUAGAUUACUGGAAAACAGCCCCCUCGUAGCAUUUCUUUGGAAACGUCCACCUCCCUCCCGUUCCAUCUUCACACAAGCCUGCGGGGUCGUUAUGACUCCAUUCUACAGGUGGACAAACUGAGGCUCACACAGACGGCCCACGCGGGGACUGGAUUUGAAGCCAGGUCUGGGGACGCCAGGGCCCACUCGCUUGGUACUCAACAACCCUUGAGGACAUCCCAGGGAGGUCGAGAACUAGAGUGGUAAAACCCAUGUUGCAGCAGAGGAAACUGAGGCUCAGAUCUUGAGUCCCAAACCAGAUCCUGACUAUCCAGGUUCGACUCGUGACACAGCCGGGUCUUAUACAAAUGGAAGUUGGAUGGCGAAUCAGGCUGGGAUCCUGGCGGGAGCAGUUGCUCGGUGGCAGGGCAGAUUCUGAGCUCUGACACCUUUACCGCACAGACCCAAGUUCAGAGCGCUCAGCGUCUUGGGGUGGGGGUCGGGGUCGGCUGGGCUUCCCGGGCAGGCCUGCAGAUUGACGUCACUUCGAGCGGGCCGCUGCGGAGGGUAGGAGGCACUUUGUGUCUUUAAGACCGUUUGGAGGCGGGCCCUGACGGCUGACUCCGCCAGGAGCUCUCCUCCCCUUUAAGGCGCGCGGCAGGGGCGGGGUCCC